GUCCCGCCCCUUUUUCUUUGUUAUUUAAAGAAGCAAAAUGCCAACGCGUACCUCUGUUCUGAGAGCUGUGCUGUGGGAGGAGGACCGUUCUGCUGCCAGAGAGCUGUCAUAAGAAAUCGGCCAUGAUGCUGCUGAGUUCACUGCCGUACCUGUACUUGCUGGCUGCCGCUGCUCUAGCAGUCCCUGCUCAGGAGAAGAGGGUCCAUCACCAGGCCGGUCUGAGCGACCACGUCCACGACGACAGUCAGAACUACCAGUACGACCAUGAGGCCUUUCUGGGCAAAGAGGAAGCCAAAACAUUUGACCAGCUGACCCCCGAGGAGAGCAAAGACCGACUGGCGAAAAUCGUGGACCGGAUCGACACAGACAAGGACGGCUACGUCACCCACUCAGAGCUGCACCAGUGGAUCAAACACAGGCAGAGGAGGUACAUCGAGGAGAACGUCAACAAGCACUGGAAGGACUACGACCAGAACCGGGACGACAAGAUCGCCUGGGAGGAGUACAAGAACGCCACCUAUGGCUACUACCUGGGUGAGGAGUUCAGUGACAUUGAGGACAAAGACACCUAUAAGUCCAUGCUGGCCCGGGACGAGAGACGCUUCAAGUCGGCCGACAAAGAUCGUGACGGCAUCACCACGCGCGAGGAGUUUACUGCCUUCCUGCAUCCUGAGGAGUUUGACUACAUGAAGGACGUAGUGGUGCAGGAAACUAUGGAGGACAUCGAUAAGGACGGUGACGGAAAGAUCAACCUCCACGAGUAUAUUGGUGAUAUGUACACAUCGGAGGACAGCGAGUCGGAGCCUGACUGGGUCCAGACUGAGAGGAAACACUUUGAAGAGUUCAGAGACGUCAACAAGGAUGGCUACCUGGAUGCUAACGAAGUGGCCCAGUGGGUUCUACCAGGAGAGGUGGACCAUGCUGACAAUGAGGCCAAGCAUCUGAUCUACGAGACCGACACAAACAAGGACGAGAAAAUCACCAAGAAGGAAAUUCUGGCCAAUUGGAACAUGUUUGUGGGCAGCCAGGCGACCAAUUAUGGUGAAGAUUUAACAAAGAAACAUGACGAACUUUGAUGAAGUGUCCUUGGGAAGUUUGGGGUUAGGGUGGCAUAGGGUGGGUUAGACUGGGUUCACUUAAGUCUCUAACGUUUUGACUCUUCAUUAUGCGGCAGUCUUGGGUAAUCAUGCCCCUUUAUUCAUGUAUGGAAAGUUUACAACUAGAAAUGCACUGAGAAAUCAGCAGAUAUGAGCAGUAACCUGCCGGUCACACACAGAAAUCCUUCUCUCUUUUUUUAACCCUGAUCAGGGAUUGAACCAUCCUAAGCACUAGCAGGUCUCUUUGAUGCUGUUUGUUUCGGAUGUAGUUACUGAGAGAAGACUCAAACUGCUUCUCACAUGUUUCUUAUGUUUCAAAUUAUUGCCAACUUUAAGAAGGAGCUGGCACUUUGAGCAGAUAACAGGAAGGCUGCACCAAUAAAGCGGUGUGUCUGCUCAUGUUGCAGAACAUGCUGGCUUUGGAAAUGCUAGCAAGCUUUUGGAAAUCUCAGUGAUCUGCAUUCUCUAAAGAAAAGACACAGAUGGUUGUUUUAUUGCUAGUUUUUGGUAUGAGAUGUAAAAACACGCUAAAUGUGAAUUCUGUCUUCUUAAAACUCUGUUUUUUAGGAACUGUUCUCUGUGUGAUAUUGCCUUUGCAUGUUCUUAAGGACCGCUCCUGGCAGGAAAGCUACAAGAACAUAUUAUUUCAAUUCUGUUUCUUGUAGGGAAACCCAAAAUUAUUCUUACCCUCA